ACGACUGAAGAAGGGCGAUCAAAAGGAAGAAUGUUUCGUUUGUGGAAACGAUUCGUGCCUCUUGCGCGCGAACACCAGGUCAACGAAGCGAUUUCGUCGCCCAAGCGACACUACGCGGCUGUCAAGGAAUUUGAAUCUCCCAUCAGUGAUGAGUACAAAAAAGGCCCAGUGGAGGGUCGCCCCUUGUAUCUGGAUGCUCAGGCCACAACACCAUUGGACCCACGUGUUCUAGACCAGAUGAUGCCGUACAUGACAACGUACUACGGCAAUCCGCAUUCCCGGACCCAUAUGUAUGGAUGGGAAACAGAGGCAGCUGUUGAGCGUGGUCGCAAACAAGUCGCUGAUCUGAUAGGAGCUGAUCCAAAAGAAAUUAUAUUCACAUCUGGGGCUACGGAGUGCAAUAAUAUAUCUGUCAAGGGUGUGGCUAGAUUUUACAAGGAAAAGAAGAAGCACGUUGUAACAACACAGACUGAGCACAAGUGCGUUUUGGACUCCUGCAGAGCUUUGCAAUCUGAAGGAUUCGACGUCACAUACCUCCCUGUCAAAACCAACGGACUAAUUGACAUGGACAAACUUGAAGCUGCUCUGCGGCCUGACACAUCACUCGUUUCGAUAAUGACUGUAAACAACGAGAUUGGUGUCCAACAGCCUAUUGCAGAGAUUGGAGCCCUGUGCAGAAGGAAGAAGGUUUUCUUUCACACAGACGCUGCACAGGCUGUAGGAAAAAUUCCGAUCGAUGUCAACGCGAUGAACAUAGAUCUCAUGUCGAUCAGUGGUCACAAGUUGUAUGGGCCAAAAGGCAUAGGAGCACUCUACGUCAGGCGUAGGCCGAGGGUUCGUGUCGAAGCCCUGCAAAGUGGCGGAGGUCAGGAAAGAGGCAUGAGAAGCGGAACGGUGCCGGCACCUCUGGUGGUUGGACUGGGAGCUGCUUGCGAGCUCGCACAAAAAGAAAUGACAUAUGACCACAAGUAUAUAGAAGAUCUUUCCCAGCAUUUGAUAAAAAAGAUAAUGAGCAGUUUAACAAAUGUUGUGCGUAACGGUGAUGAAGUUGCCUGGUAUCCUGGCUGUGUGAAUCUCUCUUUCGCCUUUGUUGAGGGAGAGUCAUUGCUGAUGGCUUUGAAAGAUGUAGCGUUGAGCAGCGGCUCGGCUUGCACGAGUGCCAGUCUGGAACCGAGCUAUGUAUUACGUGCUAUUGGAGCUGCCGAAGACCUGGCACAUUCCAGCAUAAGGUUCGGUAUUGGUCGUUUCACAACUCGUGAAGAAGUUGAUUACACAGCAGAUAACAUCAUACGCCAUGUUAUUCGACUCAGAGAAAUGAGUCCACUGUGGGAAAUGGUACAAGAAGGGAUCGAUAUCAAGUCAAUCAAAUGGACGCAGCACUGAACAGUUCCUACU